UGGAGCCGAGGAAAGAAGAGGGGCUUCUAUUCUGGAUGUUAGCUUUGGCUAAGCCCCGAUCUCACUCUGUGUACUCUGUAAAGUUUGUCUUUGCAGUUCAUCUGUUUGAAAAAGACCCCCCCCCCAUCGCAAACAUACACGCGUGUACCGCACAUGCAUGCACAGCUGAUGUGUCCGAUCCAAGCUGUCUUCUCCAUAACUAAACAAACAAGGAAGUUUUAAAAAGUGCAAUUCCACCAAGAACCACUAGAGGCAAACGAUAAAAAAUAAAUAAAAAUCUAAAUAGUUUUAGAUUUUUUUAUGUAUAUUUUAUAUUAUUAGAGAUCAAACUUGUACAUUUUUAAGGACGUGAGUUCUUUUUUCGUUUUUUUAUUUUUUUGUGUUGGCACAGGGUUAAACUUAACUUCGUGGCGCCCAAUUGCUGUUUUCGAACCUUGUGGAGGUGGGCAGAGCACUCUCCCGUUAUGGUGCCCUCCCACUCCCGGCUCCGUCUCAGCGUUCAGAAUCCUCAGAGAGACAUUGGCGCUAGUCCGUCUGUGGUCUGACAGUUACAGGGAAGAGCUCUCGCCACAAUGAGCGGAAGGUGACCUGUAAGCACCCGGUGUCAGGCUGCCCCUCCCAGGACAACUGCAUCUUUGUGGUCAGCGAACAACCGGCCUUGAAGGCCUCAGAUGACAGCAGCAGUGAAAAGAAGGAGCGUCCCAUGAGCACCAUGAGUGAAGCCUCCAACUACACCGGCGGCUCCGAUUACAGCACCUUCCCUGGAAGUCCAGCCACCGCCUCUACCACCACCACCACCACCACCUCUGCUUCCUCUGCACGGCUGUCAAGGUCAUCCAAAAAGAUCCACAACUUUGGCAAGAGAUCAAACUCCAUCAAGAGAAACAUAAAUAUCCCAGCAGUCAAGAGUGGCUGGCUUUACAAACAGGACAGCAGCGGCAUGAAGCUGUGGAAGAAGAGGUGGUUUGUUCUGUCAGACAUGUGCCUCUUCUACUACCGUGAUGAGAAAGAGGACAACAUCCUGGGAAGUAUCCUGCUCCCCAGCUUCCACAUCUCCAUGUUGUCGGUGGACGACCACGUCAGCAAGAAAUAUGCCUUCAAGGCCACUCACCCCAACAUGCGCACCUACUACUUCUGCACGGAGACGGCGAAGGAGAUGGAGGUGUGGAUGAAGGUGAUGACUGAUGCUGCCCUCGUCCAGUCCGAUCCUGUCAGAAGACUGGACAAACUGAAGGUGGACCCACAGACGCCUUUAGAGCUGAACAACAUGCUGAACCACAAAGUCCUGACGCUGCCGGAGAUCCAGAACAACGAACGCAACAGAGAACCGAUGAGACAGCACUCCCUCUCACAGCUGGACUACAAACGGCUGAAAGAAGAAAAGCAGAACUCCAAAAGGGAGUACUACACGCUACAGAGAGACGGAGAACGCUACGCCGUGAAGAAAGAUGGAGUCAGCUACAUGCUCCAGAAGGACGGAGACCGGUACCUGCUCCACAAAGACGGGGAGAAGUUCUUACUCCGAAAGGACGGAGAGAAAUACUCCGUGCCGAAAGAUGGGGAGAUGUGUCCCAAUCACAGAGACCUUAAGAAAUGUGGCGUUCAGAAAGUGGACAAUAAGUACACGGUUAUACCGUCAGAGGAAAAGUAUGCUCCAGAGCAGCACCUGCUCACAAAGGACGGAGGAAUGUAUGACCUGCAGAAGGCCAGGGAUCAGCCCCCACUCCACCAAGACGGACAGAAGCUGAGGAAGGAUGUGAAGAGACAGCUUUCACUGAGGGAGGGGGAGAGGUGCACCAUGAGGGAGACCAACAAGUACGGCACCAUCCAUGUUGUUAACAGGUACGGCAGCAUGAAGGAGGUGAGGAAGUACUGCACGCUGAGGGACGGAGACCGAUACGCCCCUCUCACGGACUCGGAGAAGUGCGCCACACUUUGUCAUGCGGAUAAGUACGUCUUACAGCGAGACCUGCGCAAAGACAGGACGCUGUCCCACAGCAGCAGCAUGAAGCUGCAGACGGCUCCGGACGUCCCAGCCACGCCAGCUCAGAGCCAGGCCAAGAAACCCCCGCAGACCGACAGCUUAGGGUGCUGGCCGGAGGAGCCAAACGAGAACGUAGAUGGACGCCUGGCCAAGCCCACCGAGAAGAGCCCGGCUCCGGUCCAGGAGCUGGAAAACGGUCUGUCCAGAACCAGCUCUGUGCAGCGGCUGGAAAACUUUAGCAGCACUCUCAGGACCAAAGGAGGGGACAAUGACGCGAGGAGUAUGAUGUCGUACCAGACUUUACCGCGGAACAUGCCCAGCCACGGGGCGCAGCCGCGUUUCUCGGAGGGUUACUGCACCCUGCCCCGCAACAGCAUGAUGAGGCCCGACAGCAUUUGCAGCGUGGCCGGCUCCGCGUACGACCAGGCCCUCCGCCCAGCCUUCACUGGCAGCGCCACCUCAGCAGAGAAGAGGAGGUCCAUGAGAGAUGACACCAUGUGGCAGCUGUACGAGUGGCAGCAACGGCAGGCGAGGCAGAGUCUGGCUGCUCCCACUGGUGCUGGUCACUAUGCCACCCUGCCUAACAAAAAGACCAUGGACAUUUCUCACUACGCCGCUGCACCCUCCAUCCCCACCUCCCCGUCUCACAGCACCGUGGGCCUGUACAGCACUUUCUCUCCUCCCCGUCAGUCGCUGACUCACAACCCGGCCAACUCGCACUCCGAGGUGACCUCGCCUGCCGUCAGAGGGGAUGGGACGCUGGAGCGCAGGCCACGGUCACUCCCUCCUAAGUAUGGAUAUUCUCUGGAGCGGCGAUCUGUGGCAGCCUGCACCUCCACUCAGCCUAUCACUGCACAGACUCUGCAGGGCAAGACGCCCGAGGAGCUGACCCUGCUGCUGAUCAAGCUCCGCCGGCAGCAGGCGGAGCUCAACAGCCUGCGGGAACACACUGUAGCUCAGCUCGUGGCCCUGGGCAUGGAGGGGCCAAACGCCAAGACAGAUGUUCUCACCCAUCACCUCCAGAGGAACCUGACUUACCUGGACAGCCAGACCAAGGAGAAUGAGCCUCUAAUCUUCAUGAUCCACACUAUGAUUGAGAACUCGGCACCCAGGCCGCAACUCUACCAGCAAAUCAACCCAGACAACCUACAGGGAGGCUCCUUCAACCAGCACACCAAAGAGAUUGACAUAGAUACCAAGCUGAGCAGACUGUGUGAGCAAGACAAGUUGGUAAGGACGCAGACGGAGAAAGUCCAGCAACUUCACAGAGAACAGCACACUCUGGAGACGGCACUGCUGCUGGCCAGUCAGGAGUUGGGUGAGCAGAGCAGCAGCAGCAGCCCAUUCAGGCAGAGCCUCGUCCAGCAGAGAGACGAGCUGCAGAGCGGCCUGCUGAGCACGUGCAGAGAGCUGUCCAGAGUCAACACCGAGUUGGAGCAGUCCUGGAGGGAGUAUGACCAACUGGAAGCGGAUGUCAUUCUGGCUAAGUCCAAUUUGUUGGAGCAGCUGAAAGCUCUGGGCAGCCCUCAGACAGAGCCUCCAAGCCAGCAACAUAUCCACAUCCAGAAGGAGCUUUGGAGGAUCCAAGACGUGAUGGAAGCUCUGCAGAAGAACAAACCUCAGCGAAGCACAGACAGCAGUAGUCCUGCUUCCAGACCGCUCUCCAGUCUGCACAAGAACGAGGCAAUCACGCUGCUGCCCCUCUGUCCUCCAGCAGAGGUCAGCAGUGUGCCCCUCCGCCCACACCUCCCUCAGAACCCUUACUCAGCCGAAUGCCCCCCUCACACGACCCCCUGCCACUCACAGCCCAGCAGCCGGCCCGCGCACACGUGCCGCCCUGAAGCCCGCAAGACCAGUUCCAGAAACGGGGCACACAGCCAGUCUACAGACUACCGACUAUAUAAGAGUGAACCUGAACUCACCACGGUGAAGGAGGAAUUGGAUGAGGCUAAUAAUGAGGAGAAGGACAAGACAGAAACCUCUACUGAGAGUAAAGAGGCUCCGGCCUCCAAAGGGCACCCCUACCCUGUGGGCAUUGUCUCGCCCAGGACCAAGUCGCCCAUGAGCCCCCUGGAGUCGUCCUCCAUUGCCUCCUAUGUCACACUAAGAAAGGCCAGGAGGCCUGAAGCCAGAUCUCAGGACCGUCCCAGGAGUGCAGUGGAACAGGCAGGAUUUGGAGAACGGGAAGUCGGGAGACCAAAGAUGAGCGUCGAGGAGCAGCUGGAGAGGAUCAGGAGAAACCAGGAAGCCUUGUCGCUCCGUGAGAGGAGGAGAGAAACGCCAUCCCGAUCGCCCUCCUUCAGCAAAGACAACCUUUUACUCCAAAAGCAGACACAGACCCAUAUGGAAACGGCCUGUCCUGACCACCUGGAGCUGGAGGCAGCUGUCCAGCGACUGAAGAAUCUGCAGGAUGCAGGAAGGACAGAAGGUGAAGAGGAGCAGCAGAGAGAGGACAGGCUUCCCAUACAGAACAACAACGCUGAAGAUGAGUUGUGUGAAAGCCAGAGGGUGGUGAUUCUGGACAACACCUCGCAGCCUCAGCGUGUUGAGAUUGUGAACUUUCAGCCCUUCGAGGAUGAUGGAGACCACGAAGAGAGUCUGUCCAGCUCCCCCACAAAAACAACCACAGAAAGCAGGUUUCAAACAUCAAGCCCUGAAAUUAUGGAAGACACAAGUCUACAAACAAUCUCUGAGAAGAGCCUGGAUUCUUUCAGGAAUCUGACAGCAGACGACAAGAACCAUAACACCAAAACGCUGGCUGCACACAUGCUGGACUUGGUGAGCAGCGACACGUGAGUGAGACUCGUCGGCAUCACGCCAGCGACCUGCAGAGCCCAGAUGUAGCCGGAAAGCAGAGUGUGCUCCAUGGUUACUUGUACUUCCAACUGGACCACUCUGACACAUCUGUCAUCACACCACUCAGAGGCGGAUGCUAACAUACAGACCAAAAACAAGCUGGGCAACCAUCAUCUAAAGAAGAAACGGAGAUAAUGUAUUCUUUUAUUUCCUGUCUGUUCCAGAUGUUUGAUUUUUGUGCAGUUACUUGUCCCUCAAAACGCGUUUGCACCAAAAAGUUCAGAAGCAUCUUUAUGUUAAAUGUCUUUAUGCAGAUAUUAAGAAAGUAGGCGUUAAAUUUACAAUAUUACCUUUUGUUUCCCCUCAUUUUUUUAUUCCUGAUCAGUGGUUGGAAACCACAGGUUAUUUUGCCUCAGAAAAUAGUUAGCAGCAAAACAUCCAAUGCUCUUCUUCAGCAGUUUCAUCCAGACCCCACCACAGCUCCUAUGAACCCGUGUCUUUAAUCUUUUAGUAAUGGCGGCCUCCCUCUGCAAGACUUGCUCCGCCCCCGCCCCCUGCAGUGUGCCUUACCAUAGAUAUACUACCGAUCUGUUCUGCCUAAAUGUGGAGCCAAUACCCCAGAGGGCAGCUGUAAAUCUACAAUGGUUGGUGAUGCAAGAAUGGGUUUCAGCACAAAUCCUCUUUGAGAUCCACUAUGGGGUCAAACCAGGUUCAGCUUAAGCAAAUGGAAAAUCAGAGUAAAAAGAAAAUUUAAAAAACAGCUUUAAACCUCGAAAGUACAUAAAACUUAGAGGAAAGUUUAAAAAUCUGACCAAAAGUUGUAACUUGGAAAUAAAUAUACAGUAUUAUAAAGUGGUGCUGCUGAAUAAUCCAACAUCACAGCAUUUGUUUUUUUGUUUUUUUUGUGUCGAUUAUAGUGCAAAUGUAGCCAAUGCACCUCAAAGUCACUACAGAAAUUUAAAACAAAUUCUACAAUUCAGUUUCUAUCUGUUUUCUUUUUCUCCUUUAGGUGUAAACCUAAUAUCCAAAAUAAUUGUACUUUUUUAAACAGGCUAUUCGUGACAGUCUGAAUUUAUAGCAGCUUCAGUGGGUGUGUUCCAACUACUGAAAAGAUGUUUAUUUACCCUUUUUAAAAAACAAAAUAACAAAAACAAAGCUGACCCUAGGAAAUAAUCAUGUUUUUCAUUUAGUGGAUGAAUAUCCAAAGAGGAUUUGUGUGAUUUCAAUCAAUAGUCAUGCUUGCAUCACAAACCACAUUUUUUCUUUUAUUUUGAAAAUUUUCUGCUGCAGGAAACUAAGACAGCUCCUACCACCCAUCUCUUUAUUUAUUUUCAUUUUUUCAUUGCUGAUGUAUCUGUUAGGAGCCUGAUCCAGCAGUCGGCACAUAAUUAACCGAAACUAUCCAUCAGCUUUUUCUGAAUUAACCUAUAAAGUGCAGCUGAUCUGAAGAACUUAGAGCAGUGAAGGUUAUAUCAGUCGGGCUGUCCAUAUAAAAAAUCAUUUCUACAGUAUUUUAAUCCAACUUUGUUGUAACUUUAAAUUGUAGUUCUCCAAAAAAAAAAAAACAAGACUAGUAUUUCAUGAAGUUUUGAGCCUACGGUUCCUCGCUGUCUGAUGAGAAUCCUCCUAUCAGAAUGGUAGAAACUGCAGCUCUAGUGUUUCUGCGCCUCUCUGCUGCUGUUUCCAGUAUUUUAGAUUCAACCACAAAUUUGCUUUGCAGCUUCAGGAGAACUCAAUAGAGCAUAUUCAUCAGGAUAAGUCAUGUUUCUUGUUUUAGUUUUGCUUAGGUUAUUCUGACAGGGAGGAGGAAGAUUUCAAAUCACAGAAAAGUCUGACGUUUACUCUAUUAGCAGCUGUUCGAAGGUAAAAUUGUUUAUGUCUAAGUCUUCCUGACUAUUUUUUGGCUUGUGGUGCGUUCUGUGGCAUCAUUUAAUUAAUAUUCAAAAGAUACUAAGUAGUUUGAUUUACAAUUUAGAAUUCCACCUUUUCAUUGUAAAAAGUCAAUUCCAAAAUCACUUCAAGUUGAUCACUUCAGUUUUCAGUAAACUAAAGUGAAAAAAGGUAAAAAAAAUCAUUUAUAAAACUGUGAAUAAAAACUAAUAUGAGGACACUUUUUUGCCUAAAAAAUCAAUACAUUUCUACAAAUGAACCAAGAUCAAUAUGUUUUUCAACCCUGUCCUUUUUAAGAAAUGGCAUAAAAGGAGAAAAAUUAAAUCAUAAACGACCCCUGUGACAGUGAAGGACAUGGUUUCAUAAAAAACAUUGUAUUUGUUGGAGUUUGUCACAGCAGUUUAGGGCUGAAAUCAAAAUUUGUAAAAGUGCAGGAAGUCCGUCUUCAGGUCAGAACUGAACAGUUUACUUAACUUGCUGUUUUUAAAGAAAAUUUCAGCCCUGAAAACGUAUUUUGUACGUUCAUGUUCCAGUUUCUUGGUAAUUCUUCUGGAAGGUUCCGGUUGGGCUUUAGGGAAGCUGCCGAUUGUCUCUUUAGCCACCAGUUAUUGGCAGAGAUCAUCAUCAGUGAUGCCACAAAUAUUACAAUUUCACACCACAGGGCGUAAAAAAGAUCUUAAAGACAAAACCACUUCAGCUAUUUAACAUACUGAGGAAGCUGUUUCCCAUCCAGAUGCUGUUUGUCUUGUGAUUCCUUAGUAAAGUCACAUGAUUCCUGUG